UCGCUGCGCUUCAACUUGGAUCCGUCCGGCGACGCCAGCGACGCGGCGCUCUGGGCCGCACUCAAGCACGUGCAGCUGGCUUCGUACGUCAAGAGCCUUGGCGGCCUCGACUUUGACGUGGCCGAGCGCGGCGCCAACCUCUCGGUGGGCCAGCGCCAGCUCGUCUGCAUUGCGCGCGCGCUUCUCCGGCAGUCCAAGAUUGUCGUUUUGGACGAAGCGACAGCCAACGUCGACGUGGCGUCCGAUCGUCUCAUCCAGGACGCGAUCCGGACGUGCUUUGUCAACGUGACGCUGCUCGUCAUUGCGCACCGGCUCGAGACCAUUUUGCACUGCGACCGCAUCCUCGUGCUCGAGAAAGGCCAGGUCGACGAGUUUGACGCGCCGGCGACGCUGCUCCAGCAACGCGGCACGUUUCACGGGCUCAUGCAGCAGGCCGGCUUGGCAUAGUCUGCGCUGAUUUUGUACUAGUAAAUGCAUGGAUGACUUGAAACGAAAA